GAUGGAAUAUGAAAUCCAAUUUCUUCCCAUCUACGGACUCGAGAUACUUUUCGUAUCAGCUCAAUCAGUCCGACAGAUCGUUUGAAUUUCUUUCGUCAUUCUCAUUUAUUCUUUUUGCUCCGACUUUUUUUCUCUUUUUAAUAAUUUGCAUACACAUUUGCGCUCAAGAUUUAUCGUUGCUUGACAAAGUGCAGUUACUUAUCAGUCGUCUUACGAGUGUGUUCGCCGUUGCUAUGCGAUAUGGAAGGGGUCCGCGGAGUCACCUACUAGCUCGACCAGUCAGAAGUCAGUGUGCGUAAGCCGGCCGGUUGCGCCGGCUCUUUUCCUCUCCCUGCACUCGCCGCGACACCUUCGCGGCUUUCGUCGCUCCAAAAAGAGAGCUCUUCCCGAGGUGUUAUUUAUCGGGCGCGAGGACCGAUCGAUCGAUCGAUCGAUCGAUCGGCUGACUCUGCGGGACCAACCAAUCGCAAGCGUCGUGCGGCAGAAAAAAAAGGAGCCCCCGCAUUCCGCUGCGGAAAUCGUCGAACGCCGAAAUCCAGAUCCCGUUAUUCUCUUGGUGCGACUCGCGUCGAGAGGAAGUUUCGCAGCAACGUGUGCGCUAGGAUCACCGGUCUCUCUGGGUCCAUCGAUAUUCUGCGUUUGCAAGGCUACAAUCGCCAGGCAGAACAACUAUGAACAUCACGAACUUCUACCUGUGUCGCAAAUUCGCCUACGAAGACACAGGCGUGGAUUUCUUUCACGAGGACAAGAUAAGUUUUAUUAGCUAAUCCAUUAAUGCGCAGAUUACGUUUCUUUCGAUGUCCGGAGGAUUGCGUGUGUAUCGCGUAGCCCGUACGGAACUUCGUGAUCGCCGAAAAUACCACCGUUAGAAGCGAUCAUGACGCAGGAAGAAGGAGCUCAGGACGAAUCGAAGACCUCGCCGGAACAAACAGAGCCGAUGAACGGCAGCUCAAGUAGCGUGCCAGCAGUGGAGGCAGGCCGAGGCAGUGACUCGACCUCGCCUACGCCCUCGCCCUCCGAGGGCAGGCACGUCGAGGAGCACACAGCCGGCGGCUCCAACGGCCUCAAGAUGAGCAGCACAGACUCAGCGGGUAACGCUCGCGGACCAUCCUGCAAUCUCGUCAGCUCGCUUCUUCCCAGCAGCUGUCGCGGUAGCGCGGAAGCGUUCGCCCGGUGCCUUCAUCGACGGCUGACGUCCUUGGGCGGCGAGAACGGAUCGCCCGAGCGCUCCGGCGACGCCGCCAAGCCGCACGAGACCACGUGGUUGCAUCCAUCGUCGAGCAAUCACGUCAGCAGUCAGCAUCCGAUUCUGCAACAUCAACCGCGUCACAGUCCGGAAUCAGACCUCUUCUUCGAGGUAGAGGAAGAAGAGGAGGAGGAGGAGGAGGAGGAUGGACCGGAAUCGCCUGCCGAGGAGGCGACCGCCGUCGAACUAGCGCAUUUGCUAGUAAAUCCGGGAAUCCUGAAGAAGGCGAGUCAUCACGACGCCUGUCAUUGCUCGCCGAGCGGCGUGAGAACGACUGGGACUGUCGUCGCUAGCGCUCAUCAAGAUCCCGAGUCUGGUUGCGUGUUCGCGUCGCCGAUCACCGGCACGCCGCCUGACAGCGAUUCCUUGGAGGCAUUCUUCGACCCGGCGGAAUCCUCCGACGCGGAGAAGCCGAAGAUGGAGGCCUUCUUCGAUCCAAUUAGCACUUCCGACAGCGAAACCACGUCGAAUCUCUCCAACAAUUCCGUUCCCGCGAGAAGCAGAGUCGCGCUGAGCGGACGUAGACGGACAGACGUGAAUCCGGAACGUCGCGAGGACACGUCCGAGUCGAGUUGCUCGUUGAGAAGAAAUCCACCACCGUCUCACGAAAACGGCUAUCGACAGGAAGAUCAGGUAUGCAGCUCGGAAGAUUCGCUGAACGGUAGAAGCUCGCAGGAGACCACAUCACCCAGCCACGAAUCUCUGUGGAGCACGUUUGACGACAGCACUGUAUCCUUGCAAGACGAGAGUCCGCAGAAAAUCAAUCACGAUCCCGUCAUUCCUCACGUCUGCUUGCCCAAGUCGCAUUCCGACUCCGAAUUACCGUGCAACGGCAUCGGCACGGUGAUGUCCAGCAAACUCGACAGGAGAACCGAGGAAAAAGAAGAAGAGAGAGACGAAUGUGAUUUCGUUUCGGAAGGUGUAACGCACGGCAACGGCAGUCUGUGCAACGCGAAUGGCGACGAUCUCACGAAGGACGAGUCGCUUGUUGAAGACGAGGAGGAAUCCACAGAAUCCGAGAGAGCGUCGUCGAAAAGCUUGUCGCAGCUAAAGGCGGAAGACGCAGUCAGCGACACUGACACCGAUUAUUCUGCUUACGGCAGCGCCGUCGACAUUCCAAACGCUGUCGUAUCUGAAUGUUCAAACGGUGCGAUCGAGACGACUUCGCGGAGCGAGUUAAAGCUGCAAAUUGACAACGAUAACGGCGAGGCGUUGAACGAUAGCGACGACGAGGAGAGCGAUUGCUUGCUGCUGCACAAGCUGGGUGGCGAUUCGGCUGACGCGAAGGAAGAGGAAGAUUCGUCGCCGGAGCAGGAGACCCAGAGUGAGACCACGGUGGAGGAGGAGGAAGACAGACCGCAACGGGUGCGGAGGUGUUCUUCGCUGAAGACGGGCAAGACACCGCCGGGCACGCCGCGCCGGAAGAAGAUUGUCCGUUUCGCGGAUAAAUUGGGGCUUGAUCUGGCCGAUGUGCGAACCUUCCUGGACGAGAUACCGCGGAUACCCAAUUCCGCGUACAGCGAUCUGGCCUACGAUGACAUGUUCCGACCGCAGCACAGCAGUAGCUCGGAACACGCGACGACGGUCGCUGGCGACGAUCAUUGGUGCGAGCGUUAUCAGGACGACGUUAGCAGGCGCAGAUCCUUGUCGGCGAUACCCACCAGGAAGAUUGAUCGGACACUGAUGCCGCUGUUCCAGCAGCCCGGCGGCAUGGGCAACUUCCUGGACCUGGUGCGCGAGCGGCGGGUUUGCCUGGAGAACGCGCUGGUGCGCGACCCGGUGACCCUUGCGAUUCAGGGCACGGUGCGCGUGAUCAAUCUCGAUUUCCACAAGUCCGUGCACGUGCGAUACACUCUCGACGCAUGGCGUAACUUCAGCGAUCUGCAGGCGACCUACGUGCCAAACUCGUGCGACGGUUUCAGCGACAAGUUCUCGUUUGUGCUGUACUGUCACACCCUGUCGAUCGGUAACAGGCUCGAGUUCGCCGUGCGAUUUCAGUGCAAGGGCGCGCAGUACUGGGACAACAAUGCCGGCGUCAAUUACUGCUUCCAGUGCCUGCCGGCGUCGUCGUCGUCGUCGUCAGCCCGACCGUACAUACCGAUCACCGCCGACGAGAAUCGGCGCAGCAGCUGGUCACCGUUGUUCUACUGAUGGACGUCCGGUCCGCACGUUACGGAUCAACGUCCAGCUCGAUGACAAAAUGAUUACGCGGCUCCCGAAGCACAGACUGAAGAGGUUGCUGAAGAGGCUGACGGCGCGAGUUCAAGGAGACGCCUGGAAAGCACUGGUAUGUUCUUAUUAGAUUUCCCUUUAUUUCUCUUAUUUAUCAUAUUGUACAAAUUACGGUAUAUGAAAUUUGUUAGAAUUCAGAGUGUGGAGAGCUCUGAGCCGUAUGUCACUCUCCAUAUCGAGAGUUUCAUCACGUUGUGAAGCGUAAGCUGAAAUCGUAAUUUUACAGGAACGAGAAGAAGUGUUUUAAAAUUCGAAUUUUAUACGAAUUUUAGGAAUGCAAUUUUACAAUUCCUAAAAAUUCAGAUAUUAAUUUCUUAAAAAUUGGGGAUACGCCUCUCUGUUUUGAAAUCCUCGAUAUGUUUUUGGUUGCAUCAUCAUCUCUCGUUUGUGGAACGCAUUUUUGCGGUAUGAUUAUUGUACUUCUUUAUCGCGACCUCGUGUACUUUAGUCAUCAUUCCGCGACCGUCAAGUUCGGUAAAGUCCGCUGGAACUCGAAAUACUACGUUAAAACAGUAGUCCUCUCGCUUUAUACUGAUCAUAUAAGGAUCAUAUAAUUGCAAUUGUAUAUAAUUACGAAUUGUAUUGCAAUAUAUAAUAUAUAAUUGCAAGUAUAUGUAAUUAUUUUGCAAUUUAUUGCAAUUAUAUAGAACUUUGCGUCAACGAGUAAAUUUAGAAUCUUUAUUACUUUCGGUUUUGAUCGAGAAUACGGAAAGAAGUAAUUUCGAUUAUGAGGACGGGGGAGGGUUUCAAUGUUUUUAAACAAAUAUUUUGCGAUGUGCCGAUACGUCGCAGGCCAACAUAUAGAAUUUUUAACACAUGUGAGAAACGUUCAAGGUUUAUUAUCACUAUUAUUGUCCACUGUUAAAAUGCUUUUGAAAUUUUCUAAAAGAGAUUUGUCGAAUUCUUAUUAAAUUAUAAAAUAUUAUAAAAGCAAAUGCGAAAAAUCUCUUGAAAUAUAUAUAGUUUGGACGUGAUGUUAGUAAAACAUGUUUACGAAUGGAAGAUCGAAACUUUAAAUUUGCUGUAUAUAAAUUUGCUUGACGAAACAAAACUUGUGUUUUGUUUGAUUUCUUGUUGUAGUGUAAUUGAUGAAAUUUGGUUAAAUUAAGAAAAAAAGUAAAAUGAAACGCAAAUUUGAUCUGCCAAUAGACACUGCAAAAAUAUGUGUAUAUUUGGCGUCAGUGAUAGCUUCCAGUUUCAAUUUAGACACAUUCAUGUCAAACGAAUCAGGUUUAGAUUUUGUAUAUAACUUUCGUAUCUUCAUGAUUUGAAGCAGCGUGUCAUGUUCAAUCUUUUUCAUAUCUGAAGGAUUACGAUUGUAAAUAAAUACUAGGUUAUAUUAUUCCCAUUAAAUAAAAUAAAAUGUUAUUUUUUAUUUUUUUAUUCUUUUGUUCUUUUUGAGGGAUUUUAUAUAUGCUUUUUAACUAAUAAUUAUUAUUCCUAUUUAAACUAAUUUGUUUUAUUUGCAAAAGUGCUUAAUUCGGAAAUUGAAGUUAUCAAAGACAUCAAAUGUAUUGCGCAUUAAAUUUUGCACAAAUAUCUGGUAUCAGAUAUUAUUAAUUAUCGGAGAUAUUUAAACCAUUACCGAAUAAGACAAAAAAAAUAAGAAAAGAAAAGAAAGUACGAUUCUUUGAAAAAAUAAAGGCUAAUGAAUGAAUGCUAAUUCUCGAAGUAUCACUAAUGAAUAAUUUAAAAAAAUUAAAGCUAUAUAUAUACACGGUGACCAAUUAUAAUCUGUAAAUGGAUCUUUUUUUUUAACAAAUGAAAAAAGGAGCACAGAGGUUAAAUUGUUUCGAGGGGGCAUCAGAUACUGCAUAUGUUUUAAGGAUGAAAGUGUUUUUGGAAAUUUCAAUCGAGCGUAAAAAAUCUUUUGUAUAUACAUGAUUUGCCAAUGUCGAAAAUGCCGUGAUGUGACAAAGUUUUUGAAUAGAUAGCACAAUAAAAGAUUAUCUAACUUUGUCAUCGAGAGAAAAAACUAAUAGUUAUUUACAAUUUAAUAUUAACUCGUUUACUUCAGAAACGUUAAUAUAAUUUUGUGAACAUCGUUAAUGGAAUUAACUGCUAGGAACAUUACUCAAUUUAUUAUGUUUUACAAUUAUGAAUUAUUUGUUUUUAUAGCAUGAAUCAUUAUUUAGUUCUCUAAUUUAAUAAAAUUAAUUAGCAGCAAAUUUGCACAACAAGAAGUUAAUAUUACUUUGUGCCAAAAUUUCGAUCUAUAAAAAUGAAAAGUACGAAGAUAAUAAUCCACAUUGUUUUUCUUAUAUUCUUCAUUUUUCUGUAUCAUCUUUGACUCUUAAAAAUAAAAAAAAAUCAAGGUUGCAAGGUUGUUUUUUUCUUGUGUGUUUAAUGGAUAUUAUUACAGCAGUGCUCUGAAACUCGGUAGUUGGUUGUUAAAUUAUUGUCAAUUUAGAAAAUCAAAAUUGAAUCAAUUGUGAACAUUGAUGAUUUUGUAUGUAUCAAAAUACUACGCUUAUUUAUUCUAUGAUGAACUUGUCUUGUAUAAUAUACAAGAAAGUCAAUAAUCGUCAGGUAUAAGUUAUCUAUUGCAUAUUUUAUUUAUCCUUUUAAACUGGACUAAUUUGUUGGUUAAAAUUAUUUGCCUCUCCGCUUCGAAAAUUCUCGAAACUUUUCUGGUAAAUGAUCUGUGAGUUUUUUUCAUCAGAUGAUUAUGUUAUAUAAGAUACUGAUCACGGCCUUCAUCGAUUCUAGAUCGUCAUUCUUGUAACUAACGUCUAUUAAGCCGGCUAUUAGUUCAUCAUUUUUCACUUGCGCGCUAUCUUAACUGCCUCAGAAACGACCACAUGAGCCUCAUUAUUUAAUAUCUCAAACAAUUUGGAAAUACUUUCGGCAAUUACUUCCUCCGAAAUUUGGUUCGGCUCGAUUUGAUUCAUUUCUGGAAUAUACAACUCUCAAUUAGAACGACCAACACUAAAAAGCAAUUGCGUUGCAUACAUAAUUUUAAAAGUGUCCAAAAUUGGACAUGUCGUUGAAUUGAAUUUUGAGUGCGAGCAGAAGUGAACGAGAACUCUAUUCAAAAUACGCUAAAAAAUGGCUGCGAGUGAUCAUCCAAAUUGAGUUAUCUCAACUGGCGCCAGCGUAAGGAAAAAAUUAUCAAGAAUGUGAAUGUGUCGCGAAUGUGUGCGAUGUGUGUCUCGUAGCAAAAUGAAAUAAUUUUUAUCAAAAUACACACGUGUACACUUUUGUAUUAAAUACAGAGCGACUUUAAUCACAACUUGUAUACGAAGCCACGAGCGCAAUUAAUACAUUUGAGACGAUUUACAAUGAUGGAAAAAUAACGGUGUAUUUCUUUCAGUAAAUUUUCUGACAAAUUUGCAAAAUUAUUUUGUUUUCAAAGCGCUUUCACUCUAUCUGAGAUCUGGCCAUCACUUUUUGGAUGCUUUAUACGUAAACUUGAGAGGUGGUGUUAUGUAGUAGAAGUAAUAGAUAGUAGCAGUAGUAGUAUGAAUUGCGGGUGGAACUGAUAGACAGCCUUCAGUGUUACCCAGAUCUUAAGGUUCUUCUGUAACUCCCCGCCUGUUCUGAGGUUCAGCCUGUAGCGCCCAGUAUUUUCUGCCAGACUACAUAGGCUGUUUACCCUCACAUACUUCCUGCUCCGCUAGUCCGAGCUUGUGUAGAUGAGGACCACAUGUCCUGAAACUGAUUGGUGUUGUGUACUUCCGAACGAUUUCUUCCAAGUUUUCUUCCUCUGCUACUGGAUCUUCAGAAUCUGGUAAAGACUCAGAUUCAAUUGCCGAGGAAGUUGUCUCUUUAUAAAUAAUUCUUCUCUCCACUUUCUCUGCAGGUGAGAAGUCGAACGGUUGACUGAAGUUUUUGACAAAUCUUGUUUGCACUAUCACUGGUUUUGGAACCUUUAUUAAGUCCAAGGAUCUUAAAGGACCAACCGUCUGAUUUAACUCAGGGAAUCGAACAGCCUUAUUUUUUUAAGCAGUGAUGUCUAGAUUUGCAAGCAUCAGAUUCUUCAACCUCGAACUCAAUCUGAUUACUCAUCAGAAUUUCCAGUAAUAACUGUUGAAAGUUAUUCUUAGAAACAAUGUGCCCGUCAAUGUGCCAGUGUACUAAUUGUUAACAAUUGUUAAGAUGGAAUGCUGUGAGUUUUCUUGCAGCUACAAAUUGUUAAGAAAUUGGUUACAUGCUAGGUUUUACAAGAUAUGCGUGCCGCGUUCCGGAACAAAUCCCGACUGUUCUGGAGAAAUCUGUGGUAAAAAGUAGAUUUUCAGUCUCUCCUGUACGACGUAUAGGAGGACUUCGCUAGAGUGAUUUAUCAAGGCGAUCGAAAAAAAUAGAUGGUUUCGUUUAAAAAAAAUGGGGUUGAUCUUGAAAUUUCCAAAACGUUUUUACCCUUUUAAAACAAACGCGUGCAGUAUCUGAUGUUCUCCUCGAAACAAUUUAAUCUCUAUGUACGUUGUACUUGCAAAAAAAAUCCAUUUAUAGAUUAUUUAUUAAUUAGCGUUACAUUCAUUGUUUAUUAGUCUUUAUUUGCCACCUGCUAAAUCACGAAAACCUAACUUUUCAUAAUCCAAAAAUUAAAGAAAUGAACUUUUUGCAAUAAUGAUGUAUAAACGUUAAAUGUUAUAUGUUAACAACAUGACAGAAAUGAGAGCAAAAAUUUUAUAUUUUUUAAAAUUUAUAAGAGAAAGAUAUCAGGUAAUUAUGCAUUAUAGAGGACGCAGCUCCAACGACUUUAAUCCUUUUGGUAAUCACUCAGGGUUUUGACCUUAACAACAUAUAUCAAGAUCAAAGCCAUGAGAGCUGCACCUCCUAUUAUGCAUAAUUAUCAAAAAUCAAGUUGAAAUAUUAUCAAAUACUAUCUUAUGUUACCCUACAUAUGAAACGUGAAUUAUAAAUGUCAAUAAUAAUGUUAAGAUAUUAUAUCAUACGUUGAGAAAUAUUGUUACGUACGUAUUUAUGCUACGAUUAUGCAAACAAACUAAACUGACAAAAUGUAAGAAUUGAUCAUCCGGAAUGCGCACAUACUUUCCAGUGAACACAGAAUUAUCAGCGAGAAAAGUUAUAGUAUAAUUGAAAAAUAUUUUCCUAAAGAUUGUUAUCAACAUAUAAUAGUACUAUGUAUAAUUGUCUUAGUAGUAAUUAAGUAAUUAUAGAAUUAAAUAAUAAUAUCAACGAAGAAACAUUAAGAAUUGUAAUAUAUCUUGAUAUAAAUAUUUCAAUUUUUUUUGUCAUCUUAAUUUUUCUGCUAACAAUAAGUAUCGAAAAGAAUGGAUAAAUGUGCAACGAGUUCAUACAUCAUUAAAUUUCAUCAUUUAGAAUUUUUAUUCUUUCGGUUUUCAUCAUACAAGCCGCUCAAAAGCCAAACUGACUAACUUCAUGAAACAAAACUCCAUCAAUUUUAUUUUAUUUAUGAAAAGUUAAGAAGGCAGUUUGGAUUCUGGGCGGUUUGGAUUCUCAUAUCAGAAGACUCCGUAAUAAUGCGUUCUAUAUACACAAUACAGCCAUAUGUUAACAUAGCUUUGUUAGAAGUAUGUAUAUCCGCGACAAUAGUUCUGCAAUUAAUUAUUACUAUACAACGAAUUUAAUUUGAUAUCUAAAUAUUUUACACGUACAAUUUAUAUUUCGACGAAAAUUUAUAUCGAUUUUUUACUUGUUUCUGGACAAAUAAAUUGUUUAGAUGUGAGAUGCGAAUAUGUAAAAGGGAGUUGCGCGUAAAAAGAACAGUCCUCCACAAUUGUGAUAUGUGCGAUAAUAAAGCGAUUUACAAUACAAUAUAUCCUGCAGCAAGAGUUUAAGAGAGGAAAUAAAAGAUAUCUGGGAGAAUUAUAGCAUAUAGCCGCGAUGUUUGUAGGAUGAACUAUUUUUGUUAUAGUCUCCGUUCGUACAUGCACAUCAUCUUAAUCGAUUUGUAAACUUUAUAGAUGUCUGUCUCGCACACAGAAGAGAGAUCGAGGAAUCUACACGUUAAAUUAAGCCUCUUCGUAAAUGCUUUUAUGUCCGAGACAGUGUCGAUUAGCAUAGUAGUUUGGGGACCGUAGUAUAUUUUUCUAUAGAUAUAUACACAGGGACAAAUAAAUCGAGCUGUCGAACCACUUGUAACGUGCGCAAAAUUCUUGCCACGAUGAAUGCAAAUAUGCGGCCGGUGUGCACUCUCGUGUGCGAAUUGCGUUCUUCCGAUAAACAGACCUGAUUUCCAUAUCUCGUCUUUUAUUGCGACUUGCGUAUUCACAUGGGUCAAUACGUUCCUGUUACUUACAAUGUGAAUCUUGUAAAAAAAAGAAAGCAGAUCAAGCAUAGGCUGCAUAACGUUCAAAUGUGUAUUGCGUAUUGGCAGUCAAUGAACUUUAUGCGUUUGCAAACAUUAAUCGUCAAUCGGUUGGUGUGAAUUUCUGCGUAAAUACGACGUCCAAAUAUGUACGCGCAUGUAUACAGCGCUCGAUCGAAAAAAUGUUUUCGAUCGCAAGAUUGUUCUCAAUUGUGAAGCAUACUCAUACUAAUAUUAUGUAAUAUCGAAUUAGUUCCUCUUGUUCCGUGAAAUAUCACUUCUUUGUGAAUAAGUAUAUCUGUAUGGAAGUUAUGCUUGAAAAAUGAUACUGAAGGGCCUAUUUUUACGUCAUCAGCGUAGAAUGUUUCUUUAUAUUUCGUUAUUGUAUGCGUUCUAUGUUGUAAGAAAGUUUUGAAAGGAAAAACGCUUAAGGAUCAUGAAAUAUCUUGUGCAAUUUUAUUUGAAGACCAUUUUGUUCAUUUGUCCGGUAAGUUAAGUUUGCAUCGUGUUACGAUCAUCUGUAUCAUAGACGAGAUUAAUCUAAUCGUUAGUUUAAACUUUCCUCCUUUUCUAAUCGAGUCGAUUUACGUGUGCAUUGAUGUGCAGAGUGCGAGGCGAGAAUGCGUGCGUAAUAGUGUUUAAAAAUAAGUGUUAAAUAUGCGCAAACGCAAAGGCUGAAUGUUGAGGACGGAACAAAAAAUAUAUAUACAUAUAAACAGAUACAUAAAUAAACAGACACAUAUUAUACGAUAUCUGUAACACUUGUUCUAUAUAUUAUUAAAAUAAUAAAUGAAAGACCGAUUUAUAUAGCUUC